UCCCUGAUAACUUAUUGGAAAACGAGAAGGGCAGAAGCUCACACGUCCAACAAAAUGAAGUUCCGCGAUGGAAUGUGGCUGCCGCACCCCACGGCAACCGUCCAAUACGUCGAAGAAGUCCACACCGUAACUCCCAACACCGAUUCCACCACAAAAUCCUUGAAUCUACUCUGUCCAACCCGCAAGAUUCAUACCCGAGGCGACACCCUUAAUCUCUCUACCCUCUCGGUCAAACUCGAAGCGGUAUCUGACGGCAUCAUAUCGCUCGAAGCCACGCACUUCAGCGGUGCCCGAAGACGUGGACCAGACUUUGAGCUCUUCCCAGACGGAAAACCCGAAUUCGAUGGCGGGGAGAUCUACUCUGAAGAUGGUCGCUCAACCACGCUUGCCGCCGGAAGUCUAAAAGCAAGUGUCACAGGCGAAGGCGAGCGAGGGUUUGGAAUCAGAUUCCACGGGCCUUCAUCCAGCGGCGACGAUAGCGACAAAACGUUGACAUCGUUGCUGGGUCGCAGUAUCGGCCUCGCAUACACACCACCCCUCGCAUCCCCGAAAGACGUGUCGGACUUGCGGGACAAGAAACAUUACGUCUUUACGCAGACGGAACUCGGCGUUGGCGAAUCGAUCCACGGCCUCGGCGAGCGCUUUGGCGCAUUCAACAAAGUCGGGCAGCACGUUGAGCUGUGGAACGAAGACGGCGGUACAUCCAGCGAGCAAGCGUACAAGAACGUGUCGUUUUACCUUUCGUCGCGCGGCUACGGCGUCUUCGUCGACACCCCUGACAAGGUCGACCUCGAGAUCGGAAGCGAGCGGUGUUCGCGGCUGCAGAAGAGCGUCGAAGGGCAGAGGUUGAAGUGGUAUCUCAUCUACGGCCCAACCCCCAAGGAAGUGCUGACGCGGUACUCGAUCUUGACUGGAAAACCUGGAAUGACGCCCGCGUGGUCAUAUGGGUUGUGGCUUUCAACGAGUUUCACUACGAACUACGACGAGUCGACUGUUACGCACUUUGUUGAGACGAUGCAGAAUCAGCGUAUUCCGGUUGAAGUGUUCCACUUUGACUGCUUUUGGCUGCGCGCGUUUCACUGGACCGAUUUCGUGUGGGAUCCUGCUUUCUUCCCGGAUCCGAAAGGUCAGAUUGACCGCAUGAAGGAGAGUGGGUUGGUUGGUAAGGUAUCGGUAUGGACGAACCCAUAUGUCGGGCAAGCGAGUCCCAUAUUCGCAGAGGCCGCGCAGAAAGGGUACCUCUUGAAGCGCAAGAACGGCGAUGUGUGGCAGUGGGACUUGUGGCAAACGGGCAUGGGACUCGUAGACUUUACGAAUCCUGAGGCAUGCACGUGGUUUAAGGAAUGUCUGAAUGGGUUGUUCGAUGUGGGUGUUGAUGCCAUCAAGACCGAUUUUGGAGAGAGAAUCCCGACGGACGAUGUUCAGUGGUUCGAUCAGAGUGUCGACCCGAGCAGGAUGCACAACUACUACGCGUUUAUCUAUAACAAGCUCGUUUACGAAACACUACAGGAGCGCUAUGGUAAAAACGAAGCGGUCCUUUUCGCGCGCACGGCAUGUGCGGGGACGCAGCGAUUUCCGCUGCAGUGGGGUGGGGACUGCGAAAGCACACCAGCAGCACUCGCCGAGUCUGUUCGUGGGGGGCUGGGCUUGGGCCUUGCGUCUUUUGCAAGCUGGACGAGUGAUAUUGGCGGGUUUGAGGGAAAACCGAAGCCCUGGAUUUACAAAAGAUGGGUCGCAUUUGGGUUCUUGUGCAGUCACUCGCGUCUACACGGGUCGAAUUCAUAUCGUGUACCUUGGUUGGUCGACGAUUCUUCCACCGAAGAAGACAAUUGUACAGAUGUGUUACGGCACUGGGUACAAUUCAAACGAAGACUUAUGCCAUAUCUGUUUGCCCAGGCGGCAGAGAGCAUUGAGAAUGGGUGGCCGACGAGCACAAGGGCGGUAGCGCUAGAGUUCCCGGAUGACCCUACGGCAUGGUUCUGCGAUCGCCAGUUCAUGGUAGGGUCUUCCAUUCUUGCAGCACCCGUCUUUGAAGAAGAUGGCACUGGAGAGAUCUAUCUCCCCCCUGGGCGUUGGUUCAAUUACUGGACUGAUGAAGAGGUACAAGGAGGACGAUGGAUUAGGGAGAAGUACGGAUUCUGCGAGACGCCCCUGUUUGUUAGAGAGAACACAAUCCUAGUACUGGGACAGGAGGAAGGAGAGGGUGGAUUUGGAUACGAGUGGCUACAAACCGGCGGGAAGGUUAAACUCUACGGUGUGAGAGAGGGCGCGAAGGCCAUACUAGUAGACGGACAGGGAACCGAGAAGGGACGUCUCGAGAUCAAUGAUGAGGGUGAAUUGGGAGGAAUGGAUGCUUUGGAAGGAGAUUGGAGCGUGGAGAGCAUCGGAUAG